GUGAGCAGCCCCAGCUAUCCUUAACUAAUCCCAUUGCUUCUCAGUUUGGCUACAGCUUGGUUUAGCACAGAGCAGGAAUUCUGCUGCUUGGUAUUAUCAGGUUAAACAGUAAGAUUUUGUCCAUGUUAGAACUCAUAGAAGUGAAUGGAACCCCUGGUAGCCAGCUUUCUACUCCCCGCUCUGGGAAGUCUCCAAGCCCAUCUCCCACCAGCCCAGGAAGCCUACGGAAACAGAGGAGCUCCCAACACAGUGGCUCCUCUACCUCAUUAGCAUCCACCAAAGUUUGCAGCUCUAUGGAUGAAAACGAUGGACCUGCAGAAGAAGUGUUGGAGGAAGGUUUCCAGGUUCCAGCAUCGAUAGCAGAGCGAUAUAAAGUUGGAAGGACUAUAGGAGAUGGAAAUUUUGCUAUUGUGAAGGAGUGUAUAGAAAGAUCAACUGGUAGAGAAUAUGCACUGAAAAUAAUCAAAAAAAGUAAAUGUAGAGGAAAAGAACACAUGAUCCAGAACGAGGUAUCUAUUUUAAGACGAGUCAAGCAUCCCAAUAUUGUACUUCUGAUUGAGGAGAUGGACAUGCCAACUGAGUUGUACCUUGUCAUGGAACUUGUAAAGGGAGGAGAUCUUUUUGAUGCUAUUACUUCCACCAACAAAUAUACAGAGCGGGAUGCCAGUGGGAUGCUUUACAAUCUGGCCAGUGCCAUCAAGUAUCUCCACAGCCUGAACAUUGUCCACAGAGAUAUCAAGCCGGAGAACCUACUGGUUUAUGAACACCAAGAUGGAAGCAAGUCCCUGAAACUAGGAGACUUUGGCCUAGCAACAAUUGUGGAUGGACCCCUAUAUACUGUUUGUGGGACCCCAACAUAUGUAGCUCCAGAAAUCAUCGCUGAAACUGGAUACGGCUUGAAGGUGGACAUCUGGGCAGCGGGUGUGAUUACUUACAUCCUGCUCUGUGGUUUCCCUCCGUUUCGUGGAAGUGGAGAUGACCAAGAAGUGCUUUUUGAUCAGAUUUUGAUGGGACAGGUGGAUUUUCCAUCUCCGUAUUGGGACAACGUUUCUGACUCUGCAAAGGAACUUAUCACAAUGAUGCUUCAAGUAGAUGUAGAUCUACGAUUCUCAGCCUUGCAAGUUCUUGAGCAUCCAUGGGUUAAUGACGAUGGCCUUCCAGAGAAUGAACAUCAGCUCUCAGUAGCUGGGAAGAUAAAGAAGCAUUUCAACACAGGCCCUAAACCGAACAGCACAGCAGCUGGAGUUUCUGUCAUAGCACUGGACCACGGGUUUACCAUCAAGAGAUCAGGGUCUUUGGACUACUACCAACAACCAGGAAUGUAUUGGAUAAGACCACCGCUCUUGAUAAGGAGAGGCAGGUUUUCCGACGAAGACGCAACCAGGAUGUGAGGGGACGAUAUAAGGCACAGCAAGCUCCACCUGAACUCAACUCCGAAUCGGAAGACUAUUCACCAAGUUCAUCCGAGACUGUUCGCUCACCUAACUCACCCUUUUAAUAAAACACUUUUACUCAAAAGUCUUGGCUUUAACCCUUUGAGACCCUGAAAAUCCUUCAGACCUGUGUGAAGUGAUUACAACUGAUCUACCCAGCAGUAGACGCUGGGAUGGUGGAACACAAAAGGGUGCUCACAGAAUCUUUGUAAGAAUAAUUUCCUAAUUGAUUGAAAUACCUGUCCUCUCUUUAGAUUGCAACUUGCUGCUAAUAUGAUCCUCAAAGGGUUAAGGCUAUUUUGCUUUUUUAUUUAAAGAUAGAAGCAGUGAAUGUUUUCAUCAGUGAAGCUAGGAACUGCAGUAUGUAAUUUUAGCACAUGUUAACCCUCUGAGUAAAUGAUCAAUUUAAAUCUCGACAACCCACACUAGGGCUUUAUUCUGGCUUUUUUGCUUUUAUACGCACAUAUCUUUUAUAGUACGCUAAAGUUCCUUGCCUGUUUCUGGCCAAAACAAUAUCAAACGCACUGUUGCGUAGGGGUUACAAAUAUAUGCUUUAAAAAUGAAAAUAAAAUUAAACAAA